UAAAAGCUAAAUAAAAAAAUAAAGAUAUGCAUAGGUGCAUUUGAAUUUGAAAGCAUGAGGAUGAUGCGUAGUGGUGGCGAGCACGAGACGCAUCUCCAACUAACUACCACAACCACCAUUUCACCAAACUCUCUCCAUCUCUUCAUUCUCCCAAAUUCUCUAACACCUUUGUUCAACGCCCAUGGACGACAAAGAAGAGGAGCCACCCCCAGAAACGCCCGAUCUCCCCACAAUCUCCAAUGAAAUCGACCGCUACAUCUCGUCGCUGGAGUCGGGCGGCGACGCCGCGCCCAUCGUCAUGGAGAAAUUCCUGAUGCUGGUGGAGGAGAAAAUGGACGGCUACGAUUCGAUGGAGAGCCACGUGAAAUGGAGGCGCCUGAGAGAGGAAGACGCGGCGUGGUUCCUGGACGCCGUGGAUCGCGUGACGUCGCUGUCGAAUUCGCUGGCCAAGUUGGCAUCCGAUUACAAGUACGCCUACACGAUCAACCGCGCCGGCAGCGUGGUGCAGCGCGCCAUGUCGUAUUUGGAGGGGGAACUGAAGGUGCUGCUGGAGGAAUACACCGCCGCCGACGACGACAUCACCUCCGAUCUCAUCCGAAUAUCCAAGGCCAUGCUCGCCGGAGGCCACAAGGACGAGUGCUGCCACCUCUACUACGUGGUGCGGAGAGACGCGCUGGAGGAGCACAUCCUGCAGCUGGGAUUGGAGAAGCUCAGCAUCGACGACAUCCACAAGAAGCCAUGGGAGUCGCUGGAGCGGGACAUCGAAUUGUGGAUUCUCAAAUUCACCACCUUCGCCAAGGACCAGUUUCCGGCCGAGCGGAAUCUCUUGGAUUCCGUCUUCCCGGCCCACCCCGCCAUUCCGGAGACCCUCUUCCGCGGCCUCACCUGCGGGAUCACCAAGCACAUCCUCAAAUUCGCCGAGGCCGUGGCCCUCACGCGCCGCUCCCCCGACAAGCUCUUCAAGUACCUCACCGUCUACGAGACCAUCCGGGAGGUCAUCUCCGGCAUCGGCGCGCUGCUCGCGCAGGGCGUGGCGCCCGAGCUCAAGAACGAGGCGCUCAUGAUCAGGAGCCAUCUCGGCGAGGCCAUGAUCUCCAUCCUCACGGAGCUCGAGAACUCCAUCAGGAACGAUCACGGCAAGAACCCCGUCCCCGGCGGCGCCGUCCAUCCGCUCACUACAUACAUCAUGAAUUACCUGGAAUUCGCGGCAAUGUACAAGGACACGCUCGAGCAAGUCUACCUGGAGCACCAGAGGAUCGAAGCGGCGGCGGAGUCCAGCAGUCACGUCGCCGCCGCCUCGCCUUUCCAGGCUCAGAUCCUAAAGAUGAUGGACUUGCUGGACUCCAACAUCGACGCCAAGUCCAAAUUCUACAAGGACCCAUCGUUGAGCUCCAUUUUCAUGAUGAACAACGGGCGUUACAUGUUGAAGAAGAUCAAGAAGUCGGCGGGGCUCCACAGCUUGCUAGCGGAGACGUGGUACCGGAAAAUGUCGUCGGACCUCCGGCAGUACCACAAGGGGUACCAGCGCGAGACGUGGGGGAAACUCCUGGGCUGCCUGAAUCCGGAGGGGCUGAGCGGCAACAACAAGCAUGUGAAGCCGCUGCUCAAGGAACGCUUCAAGAAUUUCAACGCCAUGUUCGACGAUAUACGCAAGACGCAGACGAGUUGGGUGAUCUCCGACGAGCAGCUGCAGUCGGAGCUGAGAGUGUCGAUAUCCAACAUGGUGGUGCCGGCCUACAGGUCGUUUCUGGCCAGGUACAGCCAGAUUUUCUCGCCGGGGAGGCAGACGGAGAAGUACAUCAAGCACCAGCCGGACGACGUCGAGGCCGCCAUCGACGGCCUCUUUAGCGGCACUCCGGCCACGUCGGGGAAGAGGAAGCUAUGACCAUCCACUGCACAAGAUCAAGUUAGAUAGUGAAUAUUGAUUUCAUAUUUUAAUAGUUUAUGGUUUGGAUUAAUAUUGGAGUACAAGUUUUGGUGUAAUGAGGGAUGAAUGUAUAAAUUUUUGUUAUGUAUAGCUUUAAUAGAAUGCUCCGUGCAACUA